GAUAAAGCCUUAUUAUAGACAGGCACCAAAAGAAUAUACAGAAUCGGAAGAAUUCCUUGACAUGGUAUCUAGUAAAAUAACAGCCAUGGAGGCUGCUCCUGAAAAGAUGUAUUUGUAUAUCAAAGACAUUGUAGAUGAACUGAAUUUACAAAGGAAGUAUAUGAAACAAGUGCCAGUGGAGGAACCCAGGUCUAAAGAUGUGGACAAAGACAGUUUUCUAUAUGGAAAAGAAAAUGAAUUGGAUCCCAACAAGCAGAGGCAGAUACGGAAAUUGGAGAAAACACUCAAGAAACUAAAUCGAGCCAUUCAGAAACUUGAGGCCCAAGAAGUAGAUUUUGAUGACGAAGAAGACUCUGUAUAUUUACUUACUGAAAAGUACAAAGAGAGAAUGGUACGAGUGCACGCAAAGUUCUGCCAACUGACAAAUACUAAGCUGCCUUCACAACCCCGGAUCGUGAUCGACCCCGAAAAUACCGUUACAUUUCCGGAUUUUCACGAUGUGUUGCGCUGUGUCAGGGAGGCCAAUGAGAUCGACAAGCUUGGCUGGAAUGAGGCCUUCAUAAUGGAAGAAGCUAGAGAUCUCUUUGUACGGUGCGGUAGAAAGCUACAAAGACGUAGACAAGAAAACGAAUGGCGAUUGGCUACCUCUAGAAUAACUGCCAACGUUGACCCGGCCGAGCAAAGUGAUGAACUUAAGAAGCAAUUGGAAGCUAAUCGCCGCCUGGCUAGUACGAAGGAAACCGAAGUAUUUGACAAAUUUGUGACAGACAAAAGUCAGCUGAAACUGGAGGCUGAAGAGAUCGACGAUAAAGACGCUGAAGAAUCUCCAGUAGAGAGUGAGGAGGAAGAUAACGAAGACGAUUCCUCUCUAGAAAGCAAACAGAGACGAAAAGACAGGCUAAGAAGGCUGCUACAAGAGCAAUCCAAGAAGAACAUUCCUAAUAAAAUUCAACCAGACGAUAACACAAAAACAGAAGAUGACCCUCUCACGCAAAAUGAAGAAUCAGAUGGAAAAAAAAGAAGAAAAAGAAGAAAUUGA